CAGGAAACUGUGAAAAAACAGCUAUAUAAUAUAUAAAGAAAAACAUUAAAUAAUUAAUCAUUCAGUAUUAAAAAGACUUCAAUACGAACAGCACCAAUUUAUGAAAUAGUUAUAUAGUGCUUAAUUUCGAUAGAAAAAAGUUGUUGAAAUGUUCAAAAUGGCCGCUUGUUUUUGUUGUUUCAUUUUAAUGAUCACAUUGUACAUUAACGGAGUGACCGGCAGCUGGUUUGCGGACGACGACUCUGCUAUUAAUAUCGAUGAAGACGUACUAGAUAUUCAAAGUGAAUCAAUAGCAAGAAAGAAGUUCGACUUCAUCUUUCCUGGUACAAAGUGGUGCGGUAAAGGGGACAUAGCGAAGAGCUACGAGGACCUGGGCUCAGCGCGCGAGACUGACAUGUGCUGUCGGGAGCACGACCACUGCACUGACCUCAUACUCGCCGGGGAGACCAAGCACGGCCUCACCAACGACGCCUUCUACACCAGGUUGAACUGUAAAUGUGACGAGGCAUUCCGGCUGUGUCUGAACAAAGCUAACACGAAGACGUCGCGCAGAAUCGGCAAGAUAUACUUCAACGCGCUCGGCACCAAGUGCUACAGACAAGACUACCCUGUCGUAGGCUGCAACACUUACGGAGGAUUGUUCAGAAAGAAAUGUUUGGAGUACGAUUACGACACGAGGAGCGAACAGAUCUACCAGUGGUUCGACGUCAGGAACUACGCCAACUGAUGACCUGGACACACUGAACACCUUCCCGGAUGCAGCCCAUAGUAUUAUAACAUUAAUGUGAUACCAUUGUUCCUAUAGUCUGUAAUUUAUUCAAGAGUUGUAGCAGUACGUAAAAGACAUUAAAGUUUUCUUGUAAAUGUGGAUCAAUCACAAUUACCUUUAAUGAACAUUUAUAAUUUAAGUGAUUAUUCAUCAAAAUAAAUGGAAGAAAAUUA